AUGGAGAGUAUAUUUCACGAGAAGCAAGAGGGAUAUCUGUGCGCCCAGCACUGCCUGAACGCGCUCCUGCAAGGCCCGUAUUUCAACGCCGUCGAUCUGGCAAACUUCGGUCAUCAAAUGGACGAGGAGGAAAGAAUCAGGAUGGCUGAAUCGGGCGUUGACAGCGAGGACUACAAGCUGUUUCUCGAGCAACCAUCGGGAAACAUGGAUGACAGUGGAUACUUUUCAGUUCAAGUUAUUAGCAGUGCUUUGAAAGUUUGGGGUUUAGAACUGAUACCAUACAACAGCACAGAACCGACAGCUUUACUGGCACAGAAUGAUCCUUCGCGGAUGAGAGCAUAUAUUUGUAAUUAUAAGGGACAUUGGUUUACGAUAAGAAAACUUGCAAGUCAGUGGUUUAAUUUAAAUUCAAUGCUCAACGGACCCCAGCUUAUAUCAGACACUUAUCUCACAAUGUAUCUAGCUCAAUUAUUACAAGAAGGUUAUUCUAUUUUUAUCGUUAUCGGUACCCUUCCGCAAUGUCCUGCCGAAGAUGUUCUUCAAAAAAAUCCUAUAGUCGCGACUAAAAGCAAUUCAAGCUCGGAAUCAAAAACCACACCUAAAGGCAAUCGCUUAGGCACCAAGUUAGAGGACGAAAUUUUGAAAACUGCUCUUGCAAUGGGAGAAGUGAAGGUCCCACAAUCUUCAAGUGCAAGCAGAAACGUGUCGUCGCUUUUACAUAAACCCGGACUAUCUACAGACGAACCUCGUGAAAGGCUAAUUCCCAUAAGAGUCGAGAGUAGGGAAGAAAAGAGUGACGAAGAGGAGGACGAAAAUAUGCAGUUGGCUAGAGCCUUACAGAUGAGUCUGCAGAAUGACGAGGAUGACGUAGACAAGACACUAAAGUUGAGAUUGGAUCUUCAUACUGACGAUAAAACGACGCAUUUAACAGAAUUGACAAAUGAUACAGACGAAGAUGACGAGCUGAGACGAGCCUUACAGCUGAGUCUCGAAUGUGUUACUGCCCCCCCAACACCCGAUCCCGAAGAUCUACGUUGGCGUCGGCUCAAUCACUUUGGCAUCUAUACGAGGACGUCCAACAAUGAAGCUCCCGCAAAGCUGAACACUUAACAAUAAGCGCAAACUUUGCACAAAUUAUCUAUUACUAAACUGACCGUUAUACUGUAAAUUAUAAGAUUAAAUAAUUGAACUCGAGAAGGUAUGUCAUUUUGUAUACUAAUGAGAGAGCUACAAUAAUAAGAGACACAGUACUUGUCAAAUGAGAUUUGAGGUACACUUUUGGUUCCUCGAAGUUAAACGGUGCUCUCGUUGACGUUUUGUUCUCCCUCUCAACUUUGUUAUACUAAUCGUUCUCGGAAUAAAAACGUUUGAGCAAGAAA